AUGUCUCAUCAGAUAGUAGCCAAAUACAAUUUCUUCAAGGGGCAUCCAUCCAUUGACCUUCUACCCAAUAGGGAAAUAUUGGAAGCUUCACAGAAGAUACUUCAAAGAUUUGACAAUUCAAUGGAUAAUUAUGAUGGGUUUACGGACACCCAUCCUUUGAACUACGGAACAGAUCCUGGAAACUUGGAAGUUCGUAAACAGAUCUCCGAGUGGAACGAUAGAUGUUUCAAACUAAAAACAAAAACAGACCCAAACUGUUUCAAUCUGACAUCUGGUGCCUCUUAUGGAAUUAUGAACAUUCUUGCCCAAUUCACAAGUCCCCACAACAAUGUUACUCGACAAGCAUUCAUUGUUAGUCCUACUUAUUUUUUGAUCAAUGCUGCAAUUAUAGACGCAGGUUUUGGUGGGAAGAUGACUGCAAUUGAUGAGAAUGACGAUGGUCAGAUAGAUCUGGAAACUUUGGAAAAGAAGUUACAACACUUUGACAGUCAAAGUCCAAUUUUGGAAACCAUCACAAAAGACAACAUAUCGUCAAUCUAUGAUCCUGACAGGCCAAUCAAGCAGGUGUUCAGAUACGUGAUGUAUCUUGUUCCAACAUUUUCCAAUCCAAGAGGUGGAACCUUGAGCGAGGAAAAUAGGUUGAAACUAAUCAACCUUGCAAGGAAACACAACAUGCUGAUCAUCUGUGACGAUGUUUAUGACCUUUUGGAUUUUAGUGGAAACACUCCACACAAAAAGCUGGUCACUAUUGACAGAGACACUUUACCAGAAGGAGAGAAAUACGGUAAUGUUAUUUCCAAUGCUACAUUUUCCAAGAUUCUAGGACCUGGACUUCGUGUAGGAUACCAGGAAACCCCGACGCCAGAGCUUGCGUAUUUGUUAUCUCAAGGAGGAGCUCAUAGAUCAGGUGGUACUCCCGCUCAAUUGAACACCAUUAUUGUCGGGGAACUAUUAAAGUCGGGCACCAUUGACAAAAUCAUUGCCAAACUUAACUUCACAUAUUCAAAGCGUGCAAAAGCUCUUGAUGAUUCCCUUCAUGAGUAUCUUCCUAAAGAUACGAUUAUCGGACCAAUCAACGGUGGUUAUUUCAACUGGGUGGUUUUACCAAAGACUUUGGACGCCAAAGUAGUCGACAAGAAGUGCCGUGAAAGGGGCGUUAUCCUGGCUACCGGUGACAAUUUUGAGGUCACCGGUGAUGUCAGAGGAUGGGGGGAUCAAGGAGUUCGGUUGUCAAUCAGUCAUUUGGAUUCUGACCAAAUCAGAGAAGGUGUUAAAAUAUGGGGUGAAGUUUGCAACCAUCUGCUUCAAUCAAAGUAA